CUCAAAGAAGUCAGACAUUUGCAGUUGGGAUGGAAAGUGACACAUGCUCACCGUUUUGGUCAUAUCUCAUAAACUACAAAUCCAAUCAAUGUAAUUCAAAAGCCAGUAGUUAUCCAAGAAAGAGAUAUACAACUUUGUUGAAGACUACUUUUCCAUUUGACGUGAGGCGGUCGAUAAGGCGGCCGCCUUUCUGGGCGCCUACGAGUUUUUGACAGUUUCAGCACACAGGGCUUUGCAUGGCGACAAAAUAAUGAAAGGCUGCCGACAAGGGCCGGAAGACGGACGCCCUACGUGGCCGCCUGCGGCGCGAUGUGACUUUUGAGCUGCCGGUCUCUGAGACAAGACGGGAGGCGGCCAAGUAGGCGGCCGCCCUCCACGGGCGCCUGCGGCGGAUUUGACGCGUGCACGCAGCUUUGUCGGUGAUUUGAUGGAAGGCUGCCGACCAUGGCCGGAGGGCGGCCUCCCUUCUGGCCGACUUCCACAAAACUCCACCUAUAAAAGCUCUCUUCCAUCCCCAACUCAAAACACACCGUCUCACACCUAACUCAGAUAAAAAAGGGUGUCUUCUUCCUCCUCAAAGCUCGGAUUUCCACCAUUGUUGGACCUUCAACUUCAAUCUUUCAUUUUUUUCUCAUUUUAGCUCCAAUUUGGUUUCAAACUAAGUCGGAGCAAGACAGAGUACAUGGAGUGCAAGUUUGGUGGAGGUAGAAGUAGUGGUAAUAGCGGAAUUACUUUGGAUGGUAAGGAGAUACCAGUCAGCGAUAUGUUCCGUUACUUGGGCUCCAUAAUUCAGAAGGACGGUGAGUUAGAUGGAGAUGUAUCCCAUAGAAUCAGAACAGGGUGGAUGAAGUGGAAGAGUGCGUCAGGAUUUCUAUGCGACCGAGGUAUGCCGAAUAGACUGAAGGGUAAAUUUUAUAGGACGGCAAUUAGGCCUGCAUUACUAUAUGGCGUAGAGUGUUGGGCGGUGAAACAAUGUCACAUUCAAAAGAUGAGUGUGGCAGAGAUGCGCAUGCUGCGUUGGAUGUGUGGGCAUACUAGGAAGGACCGCGUGAGGAAUGAGACAAUCAGACAAAGGGUGGGAGUAGCACCUAUUGAAGACAAGAUGCGGGAGUCGCGCCUACGGUGGUUUGGUCAUGUGCGUAGAAGACCGAGCGAUGCACCUGUUAGGCGAGUUGAGAUGUGUGGAGAAGAGGCAGGGAAGAGAGGGAGAGGAAGACCCAAACAGACGUGGGUUAGGGGAGUUCGAAGUGAUAUGCUUCUUCUAGGGUUGGAUGAGGGCAUGACUUUGGAGAGAACCAAGUGGAGGGCGGGUAUUCACGUGAAGGAGUGAUCUUGAUAAUCUUUUUCCCUCAUCUUUUUUUUC